UUGCUCCUUAUAUAAAGGAGUCAUAUCAUGUUCUCUUUUCAAAACCAACUUAUAAGCUUUUCAAAACCAACAAUGAAGGUGCCUACUUAUAUCUUCUUACUCACUACUCUCUAUACUUUUACUAUUGCUGCUAGUGUGACCACAUAUAAUGCUUUUUAUUUAGUGUUUUGGUGGCCACCGUCUUAUUGUAAAUCUAGUGUUCCCAGCAAGUGUAAUAAACCUUAUAAAGAUGAUAAUUUCACUCUCCAUGGAAUGUGGCCUGUCAAUAUCGGUGGCCGUAGUCCUAAUCCUAGGAAAUGCAAAGGACCUCCCUUUGAUGCUAACAAGCUGAUUAACUCUCCCAUUAUUGGUGAGUUAAACAAGUUGUGGCCAAAUUUCGAUGCCAAACAGUCUAAUAAUAAGUUAUGGAAACAUGAGUGGGUUGAACAUGGCAUUUGCACUGGUUGGGACCUAUUCCAGUACUACAAGAAAUCAAUAGACAGGGUUGAGCAAGUAAAUAUUCUCAGAGUAUUGGAAACAGCAGUAUUAAAACUUGUUAAAAUUCUUUUAUUGGAACAGGCAUUACUCCAAACAAUGCUAAAAUACAAUAUCGAUGAUAUUAAAAGAGCUUUCAACCACCUGACAAGACCCAUCAUACAUUGCAAUAAAGAAAAGUCCAAUCCGGAGAAGAUGUUAUUUCAAGUAUAUUUCUGUCUUGAUAGGAAUGGAGAACAAUUUCAAGACUGCCCAUUGAUGCCAGAGAAUGAAUUAGUAUUUGGAUGCAAGACAGGAGAUGAAGCUGUAUUUCCUUCAGCAUGA